UUGACAGUUAGAAAACCCGCGGAAGGUCAAACUUAAGCCAAAUGCUUCAGUUCUUCUGACCAGGCCCCCAUGCGGCCAUGCCCUCUCCUCAAUCCCCAAUCCUCAAUCCCCAUUUCAGAUUCUCGCUUUCUUCCUCUGCUACGAAAUGAUCAGAACUCGGCGAUUCAAGAAAAUCGCCGACCCCCAAAACCCCAUUUCUCAAAUCGAUGAACCUCGGACGAGGAGGAGGAAGAAGAAAACAGGGCAUCGCGCCAAAUCGGUCCUCAUUAGGCCCAAAUCGAACCCCGAGGCCGACCCACAAUCCCAAUCCCUGCCCUCGCCUCACACCGCUUUGGUCUCCGACUCUUCCUCUGCCGAGAGAUUCACGAUUCUCUCCAAGGAUUUCUUCCUCGUCGACGCUUUGGACCUCGCCCCACGCUUGCUCGGAAAGCUUCUCAGGAGAGACGACGUCGUUCUUCGGAUUACUGAGGUAGAAGCUUAUAGACCAAAUGAUUCAGCUUGUCAUGGUCGGUUUGGUGUCACAGCAAGAACAGCCCCAGUGUUUGGACCUGGUGGGCAUGCAUACGUUUAUCUUUGCUAUGGUCUCCAUAUGAUGUUGAAUGUUGUGGCUGAUGAGGUUGGAGUUGGUGCUGCUGUGUUAAUCAGAUCUUGUGCCCCUGUCAGUGGAUUGGAGACAAUUCAGAAACGAAGAAGUCAGAUCACGGACAAGCCUGUUCUUCUUACUGGGCCCGGGAAGGUUGGCCAAGCACUUGGAUUAUCAACAGAAUGGUCUAACCACCGGCUUUACAUUCCUGGUGGUUUAGAACUCCUCGAUGCUCCGGAGCCUGAGAACAUCCUAGUAGGUCCUCGUGUUGGAAUCGAGUAUGCCUUACCAGAGCAUGUUAAUGCCCUGUGGAGAUUUGCCAUUGCAGGAACUCCAUGGAUAAGCGCCCCAAAGAACACUCUUAGGCCACCCGGAUGGGAGGAGAUGGAGCAGUCUGUUGCGAUUUGAUUUGAAUUAUUUUGUAUUAGUGAAACUGGAUUUGGGGAGGUUGUAAAUCUUCUAUAUCAGUUGGAUGGGAUUUUAAAGAGAACAACAUCAUCUUCAAAAAGCAUUCAUCUCGAGUUUGAAUCUCUUUGACUCAGCUGUUGAAGUCAAGAAAAAAAAA